ACUUUAUUUAUUAAUCUAAAAUUGCCGUUGAACUUAAACCCUACCCGCUUUGUCCUCGAGAGGGGAAAAAUCUGCGAAAGCGGGAAGAGUGUGACCAACUGACACAACUGAUUAAGAUUCCGUCCAAUCUUAGCCGUUGAUUCCUCUCUCACAUCGAAUCUCGGCCGUUCGUCCACGGCGGUGGCUCUCCCCAAGGCUCCGCCGGUCGAUUCCGCGGCCUCCGCCAGCAUUAUCAGGUGGUUCUCCAAUGUAGCAAUUUCGCUUUGUAUUGUACUCUGCUUCAUAUCAAUCAAUAGCUGCUCCAAUGUGAGAAUCACGGAAGCAUUUUGCAAUCAACUGAGUUAAUUAUGAUUGCUUACUACAGAAUAUUUUCUCUCCUUCAAUUGCCAGAGUUUGAAUUAGGCAUCUGCUUGAGAGAAGAGCUCUCUGCUGCCACCUCUGCUGCUGGUGUUGAAUGCUUCACCUCUUCCUUUCACGUCUCUUGAUCUGGACCCUGUAUAUACACAGAUGGCAGCUACAACCGUUAGAGGAUCUCUUGGGGGUGAGCCUGGUGGAAACGAGACAAUGGAAAGAAAACCUUCUGGGAGGAGACGAGUAUUUGUGCAGACUGAAUCCGGCUGUGUUUUGGCAAUAGAGUUGGACAGGAGUGACAAUGCCCACACAGUGAAGAGGAAGUUACAGGUUGCCCUUAAUGUUCCAACUGAGGAAAGCUCAUUGAUAUGUGGUGAUACAGUGUUGAAGAACGACCUCAGUGUUGUUAGAAAUGAUUCUCCACUUCUUCUUACCAGGAACUGCUUGCACAGAAGCUCGUCUACUCCAUGUUUCUCACCCACUGGAAGGGAUCUUCAGCAGGGGGAUCGGAGUGGCCCAAUUGAGAUACUAGUGUGCUCAAAUCAAUCUGCUAGAAUGAAAGAGCUGGUUAAGGAUAUUGCAAAGGGAAUAAAGAUUGGUGUUGAUCCAAUUCCCAUUCAUAGUGGGCUUGGAGGUGCUUAUUAUUUUAGAAAUUGCUUUGGUGAAAAUGUUGCUAUUGUGAAACCAACAGACGAAGAACCUUAUGCUCCAAACAACCCAAAAGGUUUUGUAGGCAGAACUCUUGGGCAAUCGGGCCUGAAACGUACAGUGCGGGUUGGGGAGACAGGAUUUAGAGAAGUUGCUGCUUACCUUCUUGACUAUGAUCAUUCUGCCAAUGUGCCUUCUACUGCUCUUGUGAAGAUCACACAUUCAGUUUUUAACAUCAAUGACGGUGUGAAUUGUUAUCAGCAUCAAAAUAGGAAGCAGGUCAGCAAGAUUGCAUCACUGCAGCAGUUUAUUCCUCAUGAUUGUGAUGCUAGUGAUUAUGGUACUUCUAGUUUCCCUGUUGCUGCUGUGCAUAGGAUAGGGAUUCUAGAUAUUCGGAUUUUAAACACAGACAGGCAUGCAGGAAACCUUCUGGUUAGGAAGCUUGAUGGGGUGGGAAGGUUAGGUCAGGUGGAGCUUGUUCCCAUUGAUCAUGGCCUUUGUCUACCAGAAAGCUUGGAGGACCCAUACUUUGAGUGGAUCCAUUGGCCCCAGGCAUCAAUACCUUUCUCAGAGGAUGAACUUCAGUACAUAGAUCAUCUUGAUCCAUUCCGGGACUCUGAAAUGCUUAGAAUGGAGUUGCCCAUGAUUCGAGAGGCAUGUCUUAGGGUUUUGGUUCUAUGCACAAUUUUCCUCAAGCAAGCAGCAGCUUUUGGUCUGUGUCUUUCUGAAAUUGGUGAGAUGAUGAGUAGGGAGUUCCAGGGCCAUGGAGAGGUGCCAAGUGAGCUGGAGCUUAUAUGCAUAGAGGUGAGGGCAUCAUUAGGGCAGGGGCAGAUAUCACCCGCUGCUGUGAAAGCAGGAGAAAAGGAUGACUUCCAAUUUGACAUAGAUUUUGAGGAAGAGGGAUCGGUACUGACUUCAAAUAAGGAAGCAAAACUGACUGUUGAAAAAACUUUUCAUUUUGGAUCAAAUGGUGGGAAUGGCCAAAAUAGACUCUAUAAGCUAGAUGAAAGUGUUGAGGAGGAAGAGGAGGACGAGGCAGCAGAUUCCAAGGCAGAUGAAUUACCUCUAACGGGAAAUGAACAUGUUGACCCUGUGCGCGAGAGAAAUUUGAAUGUCUCGAAGCUGUCCAUGUCUAUGCAAGACAUCAGUGUUGGUGAAACGAGAUGGCGACACCCUAGUGCAUCCAGAAAGUGUGGGUAUCUUGCUGGUACGUCAUCUGGAAACUGGAGCGUGAAUGAGCAGUUGCCUACAAGUGGUAGUUUUGUAAAGUUGGCGGAUAUGAGUGAGGAGGAGUGGGUGCAAUUUGUUGAGAAUUUCCAAAGAUUGCUCUACCCAGCUUUUGCUAAUCACAAAUCAGGGAGUGUGGGUCAGAGACAGAGACAGAGACUUGGGACUUCUUGCCAGUUUUGAGGUAUUACUAUGAGAUCUAAUAAAAUGGAAAUAAUGAAGAAUUAUAGGGCUUGUAAAAAAAUGUGGAAGCCAGAGAGCUCACCGUAGUUAUGUACAAAGGUAUUUUCUCUGGAUGGUGGACUUUCAUUGAGGAGUUUGGAGUAUAAUACUAUUCUCAGAUGAUGUGAACAAACUAGCUCUUGACAUUGGCUAAUGGAGAGGUGAGAUGCAUUGGCUAAUGGGCAUGAAGAGCUUGUUUUCAUAUUGUUCAUAUAUAAAUUUUCUUUCACUUGGUGUUUA